GGUCAUAUUCAAUAAUUUAAAUCUCAAUUAUAGAGACUUCCACUGGUCAGCUCCCCUUUCCCCUGUUUUACUACACAUUAAAUAAAUUCAGCAAAUCUCUGGCAGAAAGAGAAUAUGCCAGCUGAGACAGAAGUCGCAUUUACAGAGUAGUGGUUGGUUAACUUACUCCUCGCCAUGUCGAGAGAUUCAAUUCAUCAAAACUCCCACAAUAAAACGACGACUCCACCUCCGCAAUCGGCGGCAGCUUCUUCUUCUCCUUCUCUGGCGGUGGUAACGACAAUGGAGAUAGAACACCCUGCCGCCGGAGCGUCGGCGCCCCUUUCUCCCAACCCCAAAACCAUGGCGCCGACUUGGUGGGCAGAGUCGAAAAACAUGUGGGAAAUUGCAGCUCCAGCUCUAAUCACCGAGGUUUCUCAAUUCUCAAUCAGCUUCGUCACCGCCGCAUUCGUCGGCCACCUGGGUUCCCUCCAGCUCGCCGCCGUCUCCAUCGUCCAGAACGUCCUCGAGACUUUCGUCUUCGGAUUCAUGUUGGGGAUGGGGAGCGCCCUCGAGACGCUAUGCGGGCAAGCAGUGGGAGCAGGGCAAACCCACAUGCUGGGAAUCUAUAUGCAGAGGUCAUGGAUAAUCUGUAUGGUCACGGCGCUCUGCCUCGCGCCGGUCUACAUUCUAGCUACCCCAAUUUUGAAGCUGCUUCACCAGGACAGGCGAAUUUCGGAGCUGGCGGGGAAAUUCGCCAUCUGGGUUGUGCCUCAAUUGUUCCUGUACGCGCUCAAUUUCCCGCUGCAGAAGUUUCUUCAAGCCCAGAGCAAAGUCUGGGUCUUGACUUCGAUUUCGACCGUGGUGCUGGGAAUCCACGGGCUUCUCAACUGGGUUUUCGUCGCCAAGCUUGGUUAUGGCGUCGUUGGUGCUGCUGUGGUGGCGGAUGUGUCUUGGCUGCUGGUGGUUUUGGGUCAGAUGAUUUAUGUGGUCUCUGGUUAUUUUCCUGAAGCUUGGACUGGGUUUUCGAUGAAGGCGUUCAAGUCGCUUGGUGGGUUUGUGAAGCUGUCUCUUGCCUCUGCGAUUAUGUUGUGUUCUCUAUGUAGAGAAACUCGAAUUCUGACUCCAUUUGUCAAAAACUUGGUCAUUGAUAUGCGACAUUUUGUUGGCAUUUUUUGCAGCAUGAACAUUCAGCUGUGGACAUUGAUGGUUGCUUUGGGAUUCAAUGCAGCAGUAAGCGUGCGAGUGUCGAACGAAUUAGGAGCAGGCAACCACAAAGCUGCGAAAUUCUCAGUAAUGGUGACUGUCACAACUUCAACAAUCCUAGGACUGAUCUUCGCCGCAGCAGUUCUAGCUACGAAGAACGAGUUCCCGAAGCUAUUCACUUCGAAGCCGGAGGUGAUCCACGAGGCGUCCAAGCUUGGUUACUUCUUGGCAGCCACUAUCUUCCUGGACAGCAUCCUGCCAGUACUCCACGGGGUAGCGGUUGGGGCAGGAUGGCAGUUCCAGGUUGCACUGAUAAACAUUGUGUGUUACUAUGUGUUCGGGCUACCGAUCGGGGCUCUGCUUGGCUACAAGUUCGAGUACGGAGUGACAAGAACUUGCAGUUGGCUUAUUCAACCAUGAUACUUAACUAUGCAGUUCUACUAAUAGAGAAGAAAGAUGAAGAGGGUCAAUCACAUGUUCUUUCUGCCGCUCUUGAGAUAGCAGAACAGGAAAGUCUGGAUGUUGAUUCGAAGUUCCGGGCUCUUGUCGCCAUUGGAUCCCUCAUGCUUGAUGGUCUGGUGAAAAGAAUAGCUUUGGACUUUGAAGUCGAUAAGAUUGCAAAAGAAGCCAAGACGUCCAAGGAUGCUAAGAUCUCUGAAGUAGGAGCUGAUAUCGAAAUGCUAGUGAAGCAGCCAUGAAACCCGUGUUUCCCUAGGUUAUGCAGAUGGAAAGGGACCUCAGUUAAUCGAUAGCAAGACCCUUUAGAAGCCCAGUUCUUGGCUUGCUUGUACGAGUUAACUUCCGCCUAUGCACUAAACAUUAGAGAAACAUAGUUUCUUCCAACGGCUAGAAACAUUUAUCACAAGCGGAU